AUGAAAAAGAUGAAUCCCUUAAAUGGUCAGAUUCUAGACGGGUGUUCGUUGUUCAAGGAACACCCGAUCGGUUGUGAACCUUUCGUCGAAGUUGAUUGUUGUGAGAAAUCGGAUUCUGUCGAAGCACAUACUAGUAGAUUUGAUUGCUCGGAUCCGAUUUUGAACCACGACCAUGAUGAUUUUCUUGCGGAACUUUCUUAUUUUAAUCAGUGGAAAGGUGAUACCUCAAGUUUCACAGAAGAAAAUUCAGCGGGACAGCUCGGCUCUAUAGGCAAUAAUACCCAGUGGAAUGAAAUUGACGACGCCAUCGAGUGGAUCGAAAAAUUCCGACCAACAGAAAUUUCGGUUAAUGUUGACUCUCCGAAUUGUUUCGAUUAUUCGGAUGACUCUGCUCGGAAACAACCAAGUGAUCCAUUUGACCAAAUUGUGUCGUUAAUUGAUUGGGAGGCCUGGAAUUGCUACCUCGAUAAUGCGGACGUGGAUCUUGACGAAUGCACAAAGACAAGUGAAGAUGAGGAUAUAGACCUACUUCCUUUGGUUGGAGGCACGGUUGAGAAUACCGUUAGAACUGAGAGCAGUAACUCUGCAAAUUCUUGUGAAUGUGGUUCCGAUCCUACAGAUUUGGAUUUUUCUGCGGAUGCAAAGCUAAAUGAGAAGAUCGUAGUUCCUAAAUCUGGGCCUCUUACGUGGUUGCCUUCCAUGGACAAUGUGUACGACUGCGAUCGUAUAUCUUCAAGUGAAAAAUCAAGUACGGUCUCAAUUAAGCCACGCAAACGUAGAGGCGUAAAAAUGAAGCCACUUGGUGAUGAUGAGACAAAUCAUCGUCGUCUUCUUAACCGUAAGGCUGCUUUCCGUUAUCGGGAGAGAAAGCGCAUGAAACAAAAUGAACAGAAAAGAGAGUUGGAACAUCUGAUCUCUUACAACAGCCAAUUGAAGCGACAUUUGAGACUGGUUCGCAUGGAAAUCGAUGUUUGGAAAGAAAAAAUCAAUUGGGCAAAAGAUGUAGAUUUUUGA